GAGUCGACUAACUCGACUAACUGUCAGUGAAGAUCUCAUCGGUGAUGUCUUUCACUGACUCACUCAGUUGCCCAGAUGUCAAACAGAUCCACAUGAUGAACGAUGAAGUCCAUAGAUUUCUUCUAACCCGACAACCAUGAUGUUGCUUUGGUUGCUGCGUUGUUCCAGUCUUUUCCUCCUUACGGCGGCAUUCUCUCCGUGGGAACCAUGCUCGUCUUCCAGACGACACUGCCUCCGAUUAUCGUCUUCGACUAAUAAUGAAGACCCACCCCCCGUGUUUCCCAUUUCGACUCGCACCGCACUGGUGGAAAAAGCCAAAGAAUUGGAUGCCAACUUGGCCAAGGGUGCCAAAGUGGGUGGGUAUUCGUCGGUCGGAUGGAGCAAUCGGUUGGGGACGGUCUUGACACCCGCCAGUAUCCCCGGUGUCUACACGGGCGAUCGAGAAUUCAUGUGGAACAAUAUCGAUGUCAGUUGUCGCAUGGUCGUCAUUCAAUUGGCAAACAGCAAGGACCUGUGGGUUCAUUCGCCCGUGGGAUUGGAUGAACCACUCAAGGAAGCACUCGACAAACUGGGCACGGUCAAAUACGUCGUGUCACCCAAUUACGAACACCUCAAGUUUGCUCCCCAAUGGGCAGCUGCCUAUCCCGAUGCCCACAUGUGGGGAUGUCCGGGAUUGCCGGAACGAAUGCCCGAAGUGGAUUUUGCCGGGGAAAUUCCCACCCAAAUUCGACCCAGUUCUUGGAAGGCAGCAAAGAAUGACGACGACGUUGUUUUGGCCAAUCAAGUCAAUCUCGACAAUUGCUGGGAUUUGGAAGAAAUCCAACCACUUCACAUUGAUGUCGAAGUGAGCCCCGCUACGGGCAAACCCUUCUUUAAUGAAGUCGUCUUUUUCCACACGCCAUCGCAGACACUCAUUACCACCGAUCUCUACUGGAACUAUCCACAAGCGGACGGCAUUCCCAAUUCGCACUUGGCUUCGACCGUUCAAGAAUGGGAACUGGCACCCUCUUUGGAGUCCAUUCCCGCUGGUAGUCGAGCCUUCUUUUUUGCCAUGAAUCGACUCUAUCUGCCCAUUUACAAAAAUGUCAUGGUCACCAGCAAGGAUAAAUUUCAAGAUAUUAUAGACUUUAUUGUACGGAAAUGGAAGGCAACCACCCUCAUACCGGCACAUGGGGAUCUGGUGCGAGGUCAAGAAGUGAUACAGCAAGUCUUGAAGAAACAGCUCGAUUUGAAACAGUAAACAGGGCGUACUAUGCUAUAGAAAACAAACUUUGAACAUGUCAU